AUGGCCCAAGUGCCCCUCUCCCCCAAUCCCUCCAUGGCCCAAGUGCCCCUCUCCCCCAAUCCCUCCAUGGCCCAAGUGCCCCUCUCCCCCAAUCCCUCCAUGGCCCAAGUGCCCCUCUCCCCCAAUCCCUCCAUGGCCCAAGUGCCCCUCUCCCCCAAUCCCUCCAUGGCCCAAGUGCUCCUCUCCCCCAAUCCCUCCAUGGCCCAAGUGCCCCUCUCCCCCAAUCCCUCCAUGGCCCAAGUGCCCCUCUCCCCCAAUCCCUCCAUGGCCCAAGUGCCCCUCUCCCCCAAUCCCUCCAUGGCCCAAGUGCCCCUCUCCCCCAAUCCCUCCAUGGCCCAAGUGCCCCUCUCCCCCAAUCCCUCCAUGGCCCAAGUGCCCCUCUCCCCCAAUCCCUCCAUGGCCCAAGUGCCCCUCUCCCCCAAUCCCUCCAUGGCCCAAGUGCCGCCCUCCCCCAAUCCCUCCAUGGCCCAAGUGCCGCCCUCCCCCAAUCCUUCCAUGGCCCAAGUGCCGCUCUCCCCCAAUCCCUCCAUGGCCCAAGUGCCGCCCUCCCCCAAUCUCUCCAUGGCCCAAGUGCCGCUCUCCCCCAAUCCCUCCAUGGCCCAAGUGCCGCCCUCCCCCAAUCCCUCCAUGGCCCAAGUGCCACCCUCCCCCAAUCCUUCCAUGGCCCAAGUGCCCCUCUCCCCCAAUCCCUCCAUGGCCCAAGUGCCGCUCUCCCCCAAUCCCUCCAUGGCCCAAGUGCCGCCCUCCCCCAAUUCCUCCAUGGCCCAAGUGCCGCUCUCCCCCAAUUCCUCCAUGGCCCAAGUGCCGCUCUCCCCCAAUCCCUCCAUGGCCCAAGUGCCCCUCUCCCCCAAUCCCUCCAUGGCCCAAGUGCCUCCUCCCCCAAUCCCUGCAUGGCCCAAGUGCCUGUUUGUCCAAUUGCCCCCCUUUCCCAUUGUCCGUGCCGUGUGGGAGUAA